AUGUCCCGCGACUCCUCCUUCACCCAUCUCCACCUCCACUCAGCUCACCACGCAGAUCUCCUCGAAGAGUUCACACGCAUCAAGCUCCCAGCCGAACACAUUGACGUCCCGCCACAUCAUCAGCCACUCAACCCCGACGACGAGGACGAUGUCGUGCCGAACCAGCAUGCAGCUUUCGGGAUCCAGCGUGCGCAGAACAAGGGACGCGAGCCGGCUUGGAAGGAUCUUGGACUGGAGAAGUUGAUGAGUGAGGGACCGCCGAGGAAGGGAGCGCAGGCUACUGCUGGGGCUGCCGGGGGCAGUAAGGUUGGUGGGAGUAGGACCUUGAGGUGA